UCACCAUUCACCAGCAGGAAAAAAAGAAAAGAAAGAAUGCCUUGUACGCCUUUCUGAAUCCAAAGUCCAGAACAAGUGAAGUGCAUUUGCUUCCCAGAUGGACUCUCAAACCAAAACAGGGAAGGUUUACCUCCAACCACACAAAGCUGGCAAAAAAUGGAAGCCAGUGUGGUUGUCUCUGUUUCCCCCCAGUGCCAGUGGAGUGGGUCGACUGGAGAUCCAGGAUAUGGGAGGUAUUGGUGGUGGAGGUGAGCACAGCACUGCGGUCCGGAGACACCACCAGCCUCACACGGACAGGAAGCUGAAGGUGGUCCUGCUGUCCGAGCUGAUCAGUGUCCUCAGGCUCCCCCCAAACGCUGAGGCUUGUCCCAUGGACAACAUGUCAGCCUUUUGUGUGGAGGCACGGGACAGAACGAUGGUGUUUGCUGCACUCAAAGACGACUGUGUGGAGUGGGUAGAAAAACUGUGUCACAGCACAUUUCAGAGAGGUGGUGGCUCAGGCUCUGCUAAGCUUCAAAUGGAGGAAAACCAGAUAUAUGCCUCAGCAGAUGAUGCCUCAGAGUUCUGGGUGGUGGUUCAGAAGACCGACGCAGCAACACGUUGCGGUCUGCAGGGGUCAUACUGGCUGCAGGUGGGGCCACAAUCACUGCUGCUGAGAGAAACACAGAAAAAGAAAAUAGUUAGAGAAUGGCCCUACGAACUGCUGCGACGAUAUGGAAAAGAUAAGCUGGCCAUAACCAUUGAAGCAGGUAGACGCUGUGACUCUGGUCCUGGAACCUUCACCUUUGAGACGCAGCAGGCUGAGAACAUAUUCUCCCUGAUUCAGAGCACCAUCAAACGGAAGACUUCAACUGUUACUUCCGGCAACCAAAACCAAGACGGUGAUAAAGUUAUUGUAACCAACAUACAGGCUCAUUCCCCUCUCCCCAAGAUACCUGAUAUGACCAGUAUGGCUGCCAGUCUGGAAAGCAAACUGAGGACACAGGAGAGGAAACCCGCUGCUUUCGAUGAGAGUGUGCAUGCUCAAGAAGGUCUGAUUGGUUCAUCAGAGUGUGUAUCAGCACAGCCAGCUCCUAUCACCCUCAUGCCUCUUCCAAUGGUACCCACAAAUGAUAGCCACUCUGGACGCCAUCUUGAUAACCAAUCAGAAGCUGUAUAUGCUGACCCAGCUGACUGCAUUCAACCCGUACCAAAACCACAACCAACCAUGGCUCUGUAUGUAGACCCUGUAAGUGUUCUCCCACUCACACCCCCAAGUUCAAGAAGAACUCUCACCCCCCCACCCAACUCCUCCGUUUCACAUUCCAACUUUAACAUCGAUCACCCGGAUUCAGUCUAUUCAGAGGUCUAUGACAAAAUCAGUCCAGUCCAGAAAAAACAAACUCUCAUUCAGAGAAAAGGGAAAACAAAGUGUUUUGCAGAUGAUGAACCCAUUUAUACCGAACCUGUGAGCAACAAGGAAGAAGUGUCUCAUAAAAAAGAAAGCAAACCAGACCCAUUUGCCCACCUUUACGCUCAAGUCUGCAAAACAGCACCGUCAUCUAGUCCUUCUUCAUCCUCUAACACCAAUUCUUCUGCCUCUCCUACUGCCAGUAUGAGCACAACAAAUGCCACAGACCAGUCUCUUGAUGAUGUAAUCUACGAAAACCUGGGCAUCAUUUAAUUCAGUUGUCAAGAGUAGCUUAAUACUAAAUUGUUGGGAUGUGCAUUUCCAUUUAAAGCUGAUGCGAUAUACAUCUUGAUGCAUUGCCAAUGAUCCGAUACAGUAAAGAUACAUAUGAAGCAGCUACCAGUGAUACGAUUCACCCCUCUUGCGAUGCAGUGAGAUUCCACAUUUUUUGUUAUGAUGCUAUGCAAUUCAGUAUGGCAGAGAUAGUUUGAUUUUAUUUCUUUAGUUCUUCUUAGAGCUCCUUGAAAAACAGUUUAGAGAGGAGGAAUCAAUCUGAAUAUACAAUUGUUAGUCACAUUUCAAAAUAAUAAAGGCACUGAGCCUCUGUAAGUAAUGAUAUAGAAAAGAUUUUAAAGAUGUUCAAAACAGGGCAUCCUGAGUUCAUCCCAUAUUGUAUUAUUUGAUGCAAACUUUUUUUAUCAGGGCAGCCACAUCCUGAAUGUAUGCCGGUGCAUCGAUACAAGUCGGUGAGUCUCAUAAUUCCUACUAAAAUGGUAAAUGGACUGUACUUAUAUAUCGCCUUUCUACUCUUUGGACCACUCAAUGCGCCAUACACUACAUGCCACACUCAUCCCCAUUCACACACAUUCACACACUGAUGGCAGUGGCUGCCACACAAGGUGCCAACUGCUCACCAGAACGGAAACUAAUCAUUCAUAUACACUCAUACAACGAUGCACAGCAUUGGGAGCAAUUUGGGGUUCAGUGUCUUGCUCAAGGUCACUUCGACAUGCAGCGAGAGGAGCAUGAUUGAACCGCCAGCCCUCCGAUUAGUGGAUGACCCGCUCUACCCCUGAGCCACAGCCUAGAGCCUGACAUGACAAUGACUGCUAGAGACUGUGGAAGUUCAUAGCGAAAGAUUAUAUCAUGCCUGGUUAGCACUUCUCUUGCAUGGAUUUGCAUGUAUGUGUUUACAAAUAAUUGUAAACAAAGUUAAACUUGUAACAAUCAUAUUAUUGUCGGCUCAAUAAUCGCAGAGGGCCAGAUUUCUAGUUAAAAGAGUACUGUAAUGGCAUUUUUUAAGAACCUAUACAACCGUUUGACCUGUUCAUUGUAAAACCAUAUGCAACUAUUAAAGAGGCUAUUAUAUCCAUAUAACCUUUAGCCCUGUUUCUAACUACACUCUAUGUCCAAUUAACAGUGGGAUGUUGAGACUUCACUAAGAAGCCAAGGACAUGAUCAUCUCACCACACUAUCUGUCUGUUUACUGUCCCACAACUCAGGAAUGUGUAACUGUGUUGGAGUGACACUCCAUCAGGGAUAAAACUAUACUGUUUCUUCGAAUCAGGGCUCUUUCUGACUUUCACAUAUGAAAGUGUGGGAUGGUUGCGUUUAAACCAUUCAUGGAUGACUUGAAUAAAACCUUACAGAAAGACAAGAUCAUACUUUGUAUGCUUUAUUAAACAAAUUGCCACCACA